AUGUGUGCGUAUGGAUGUGCGUGUGCGCAGGCGUAUUUAGAUGCUGCUGGAGUUCAACCGCACCUUCAGGAGCCUUCACACCUGGGACCACCUGCAAUUGCCCUUGAAAGGUGGGUGGCACAUUCAACGCUCCACGGCGGUUUCGAAAUGCGUGGCCCUCCGUCGGCUGCUGGUCGAACAUAUGCACUCGAGGAAAUGCUCCGUGAAAGACAAAACUUGCAACAACCGGAAGGGGUCAUCGCCGUAGAUGGAAAGACAUGA